GAGUGUCCGGCGCUAGCGCAGAGCCGGAGGACCCGGAGCCGAGCGUGGAGGCCGAGCGACGCGUCCCGAGGAGGCGCGAGCCCCCGUGCCGAGCCUUCCCCGCAUCCGAAGGAGAAGAAUGGCAUUGAAACAGAUUUCCAGCAACAAGUGCUUUGGAGGAUUGCAGAAAGUUUUUGAACAUGACAGUGUUGAACUGAAGUGCAAAAUGAAAUUUGCUAUCUACUUGCCACCAAAGGCAGAAACUGCAAAAUGUCCUGCACUAUAUUGGCUCUCUGGUUUAACUUGCACAGAACAGAAUUUUAUAUCAAAAUCUGGUUAUCAUCAAGCUGCCUCAGAACAUGGCCUUGUUGUCAUUGCUCCAGAUACCAGCCCCCGUGGCUGCAAUAUUAAAGGAGAAGAUGAGAACUGGGACUUCGGUACUGGUGCUGGUUUCUAUGUGGAUGCUACUGAAAAUCCAUGGAAAACUAACUACAGAAUGUAUUCUUACGUAACAGAGGAGCUUCCCCAGCUUAUAAAUGCCAAUUUUCCAGUGGAUCCCGAAAGGAUGUCCAUUUUUGGCCACUCAAUGGGAGGCCACGGAGCUCUGAUUUGUACUUUGAAGAAUCCUGGAAAAUAUAAAUCUGUGUCAGCAUUUGCUCCAAUUUGUAAUCCGGUGCUGUGUCCUUGGGGCAAAAAAGCCUUUGGUGGAUACUUAGGAACAGAUCAAAGUAAAUGGAAGACUUACGAUGCUACCCAUCUUGUGACAUCUUAUCCAGGUUCUCAGCUGGACAUACUAAUUGAUCAAGGAAAAGAUGACCAGUUUCUUUCAGAUGGACAGUUAUUACCUGAUAACUUUAUCGCAGCCUGCACAGAAAAGAAAAUUCCUGUGGUUUUUAGAUUACAAGAGGGUUAUGAUCAUAGCUACUACUUCAUUUCAACCUUUAUUAAUGAUCACAUCAGACAUCAUGCAAAAUAUCUGAAUGCAUAAAAAGCUUCAAUAAGAGAAUCUCCUCAGGAUUCUAAAAAUGGUAAUAGAAUUGCAAGGAAAAAUAUUUCAAAACAUUGAAUUUUAUAAUUCUAAAAAUAUUUUAUCUUCAGAAUCAAUUUGUAAGACCUGCUUCUGAAUUAAGCUAUUUUACAAAUCAUCACAUCAGAAAUCUUUAAUACUUUACAGCCUUUUUCAAUAUAAUAUAGAAAUUAGUAUAAUAUUGACUUUAGGCUACAGAAUUUGAAUAUAAUACUCAACCCACACAAUAAGGUUUGAAGCAAUUUGCUUAAAUUUCCCACCUUUCCAGAGUGUAAACCUCUGAAGACAUGUGCAUAAACUGUUUUUAUCAUGUACUUCAUUCUAUCUCUACUGUCUCAUCAUUCAAUCUCUAAUGUCUAGUAACUGCUUGGCUCUUAAGCAAUGAUUUUUAGGUAUGACUAAGGAAAGCUGCAGAAUGAGUAUGUGAGUUUCACAUUGUUUCAGUUAUUCAUCAUAUAGCUAAGAAUUGAAUCAGAUUUCUAAAACCCAAUCCAAUAAUUUUUUUUUUUUACCUAUUAAACCAAAGAUAUUUGAUUACUUUAGGUUGUGGGAGCUUCAAGAGAUAAAAAUAUUCAUUCUGAAAGUAGCUAAAUGAUAAAGCAUGUAAAUUUCAUGUUUCUGUUAACAGAUACUUUGCCUUAUUUAUGUGCAGAAAUUUUAGUGUGGCAUGCUCAUCAAGAGAAAGUAAUGUCUUUUGUAAAUUCCAGAUUGUUUCUUUAAGAACCUGAUGGACAAAUUUAUGAAACAUAAUAGGUGGAGUUGGUUUGCUUUCAAAGAAAACAACCAGAUAUUUCUGAUGAAGAUACAAAAGUCAUAUAUUUUAAACAUUCAAAAAGAAUGCAUAUCACAUUGUAAUUGAAGAUAAAGUUCUUAAAAUUUCUAAAAUGAAUACUACAUAAAAAUGAUUUGAUUUUAAUAAACAUGUAUAAAAAGAUAGUAUUAAAAAUUAGAACUUAAGUGUCAGUAGUCCAAAUUGAACUUUUGGUGAGUUCCACACAAAAUGGUCCUAGACUAAACAGUCUUGUGUUUUAUGAAAAAGAUUGUUGAUUCAUAUUUGUGUGUGUUGGUGUAUUUCAUGAAGAAAAGCAGUUGUGUGACCAUAAAAUCAUUGUACUAUUUGAGCAUUUAAUCAGAGAAAAUGAACUAGCAGUGAACUAGCAGGAAA